AUGGGGAAGUCGAAACUUCGGUUCACUGAGAUUGAGGGGGUGGAAACCUCGGACAUAAAAAAAUUCCCCUACUCCGCCAUCAAGGCCCUGGGGGCGGUGCAGAUCGGCCUGGGGGUAGCGUGUCUGGUGCUGGGUCUGCUGGAUCUUUUCCUGUAUAUAUUUAGGGACGAUGACCAAUUGGCGUCGGCGGGGGACAGCACGCUGAUGACGCUAACCAUCGCUUCCUCACCCAUCUGGUGCGGACUCUGGUUCGGUGUUACUGGUUGUAUGGCGGCGUGUAUGAACAAACGAAACAAGUCCAACCUGUAUUAUUUUAAAAUGACUUUUUUGGUGCUCAGCAUCCUGUGUUCUGCGUUGUUUGCUCCAGUGUGUUUUAUCAUCAACAUUGCCAUGGCAAUUUUGCGCCAUGAACUGGAGCCGACUUCCUACCGCUGGAUGGUGCCAAUUUUGGUCGCCUUCUUUGCUUUCAAUGAGUUGGUGUUUGCCAUUGCUUCAGCCUCCAUAUGUUGUUGUUGUGCCCCAAUCAGAACCACCCAGGUUCGAGUUAUUGUGGCACGACAAGUAGACAAUUCCAAUGGUGCCUCGGGGACGAAGAAAUACCCCGAUUCCAUGGAUAUCUUUACCGUCACAGAUCGGUACGGUAGACCGUUGAUGCAGAAGCCUGGCUCCUCUAUUGCGCGCUCCGAGAUGAUAGAACUACGUGACUAGUUAUAAAACUUUUACCAUAUUCUACGCAGGGUGAUAUCAUUAAAUAGCCGGCAUAUUUAUUGUUUUUUUAAAUUGCGUGCUUAGCUGAAGCCCUUUGUCCAAGUGAAACAACACGUGUUGUCCGUCAAAGCUUAAGAACUGUGAUACGUCAUAUUUGCAUUGCAAAGUGCAUUGAAAUUAUUUUUAAAAGAUAGUCUUUCGAUCGAACACUGUUUUGUGUUUAAUAGUCAAAUGGUUUUUUUCUGCCACGUCUUUUACAAUGCACAAAAUAUUCUAAAGGUACGACAUGGUUUACCUGUGUUAAAAGGACUUGGACACAAUUUUUAAAAAUUUUAUUUUUUUCCAUUUUAAGUAUCUAGAAUAUUAAACGGGCGUAUUUUAAAUGAUUCUUUAAAGUUUGAAAGUUAAAUAUUAAGUUGCAAGCCUGAUCCAGAGUUCUUUGCUAUGUAAACAAAGCUGGAGUCUUGUUAUCGUUUCUAUGUGUGAUAUCGGUAUGAGCUUUUAAAUUAAUCAAAUGCAGCUUUUUUUCUUUUUUUUUUGCUGAUAGCAUUAUUUUUUUAACCAUUUUAUUUUGUUUGUCACGAGACAUUUUGUCAAAUAAAAUGUAAUUUACAUUAUUUGUAAACAAAUAUAAGGCUCGAGCUUUGUUUAUAUUAAUGAUUUCUUACUUCUGAACCCCGCUUGUAACUUGAUUUCUAACGUUUCAAUUUUUGUCAAUCAUUCAAAAAAUUAAUGCACAAGUAAAAACAUUUUAAACAAAAAAAUUAAAAAUAAAAUUUUGAUCUCAAAUCGUGUCUAGGUCCCGAAUUCGGUUCUUGUUAUUAUAUUUUAAAUACCUGAGUCAUUAAUUCUCAUUAUACAUUUUCCUUUUGUAUCAAUUUCAAGAAGAUUGAUAAGUUUUGAUUUAUGAGAGCAUAAUAAAAUAAAAGUUUACAAACCAAUUUGUC